AUGGACACUAAUGAAAGUUGCAGUUCUCAGGCUGUUGUAAACUACCUGAACCUAACCCAAGACAGUCACAAAUACACUCUGAGCCGGCCUGUUAAACGCCACAAUCAUCUUACAUGGAUAUUUGUUGAAUUGAAAAUUUUUGCCAUCCUAGAUGUGAGAGAAACUGAUCAGACCUUCAUUUCUUACAUUUGGGUUUAUUUGAGAUGGGACAAUGAGCACAUUUGGUGGGAUCCAGAUGAAUUCUGUGGACUUGAUCAUAUAUUAGUUCCUACCAAGCUUUUGUGGAUGCCGGAUCUAACUAUUGAAGAAAUGACAGAGAAGGACAAAGCCUCUCCAAGUCCUUAUCUCAACAUUAGGAAUUACGGUUGGGUUGAAUUUAGGAAUGAUCAGGUAGUGCUAAGCACCUGCAAGAUGCACGUGUACAAAUUCCCCUUUGACAUUCAGAGCUGCAACCUCUCCGUGAAGUCUAUCAUGCACUCUGAUAAAGAAAUUCUGUUAUUCUACCAGGAAAACAGUACUUUGAUCUCAGAGUGGUCUCGUGAGGUGAUGCACACACAGUACGAGUGGCUGUUCAUCAGCAUGUCAGUCACCAACAAAACUGUUAACCAUUUUGGCUUCAACCAAACUACAAUUAUUUACACUAUUACCAUGAAGAGGAGGUCUGUACUCUACAUCGCCAAUUUCUUGCUGCCAGUCCUCUUCUUCUUGUUUCUGGACAUGGCUUCUUUCCUGAUCUCAGACAGUGGUGGCGAGAAACUCGGCUUUAAGAUUACUGUCCUGCUGGCUGUCACAGUGAUGCAACUUAUUCUCAAUGAGAUUCUGCCCUGCUCUUCAAACAAGGUUCCACUUAUAGCAAUCUACUGUAUUGGAAUUUUUGCUCUCAUGCUGCUCAGCCUACUGGAGACAAUUUUGGUGAUGUAUCUGAUUGAGAAAGACUCAACAGCCCAACACAAUGAGACAAAUGGGGAUCAAAGCCUGACUGAGAGGUGUGGGGACAAACAGGGCAAAUCCAACUUUCAGUGCUCUUUUAGAGACAUGACGAAAUUCAUUCACUGUUCAUCUGUCUAUGAUGCAGCUACUGAUGAAGCACCACCUGUGACCAAAGAGGGUAGCACCAACAAACUGAUGGAGGUGUCAUUUGAUAUGGAAAAGAUCUCAGAUGAGCUGGAGAAGAUUGAGAAAACGGUGAAUCUGCUCAACAGCAACGGGAGCAAAGAGGAGAAAUCCGGCUACUGGACCAGAAUGGGGGCGCUGUUCGCUUCAGUAUCUCCGUAUUGUCGCUCAGUUAGUGACGUGGAUUUUCAUUGA